CCCCCCAGCGCCAGCCUGCGAGUCCGGUUCUCUGCUUCCUGGUUCUCUCAGGGGCCCACCCGCCCUGCACCCUGGAGAACCAGGCUACAAGCCACUGCUACCUCCUCUGGAUUCUUGCAGCCCUGAUCAGCGGCUGCCUCUCCAGUCCGCCUAAAAGGGAGGGCCCGCUCUGCAGCUUUUACCCAGGAACUCUGGCUGUACUACCCACCCCUGGGGCAUAACAGGCACCGUGGGAGCAUGGCAGAUGAAGACCUCAUCUUCCCUCUGGAAGGCAUUGGUGGCAGCCAGACCUCUGGGGCCAGCCAGGAGGUGGACUCUGAGGAAGACAGCGAUGAAAAUGAAUAUUUCUUCAUCUGCCCCAUCACUGAUGACCCCAGAGCACAUGAGAAUGGCAACUCCAAGGUUAAUAACUACUACAGCAACCUAAUGAAAAGUGAACAGUAUGGCUUCAGUGCAUCUCCAGUGAGCUCCUUCAAUUUUAAGGAAGCUUGGAAGCAUGCAAUUGAGAAGGCCAAGCACAUGCCUGACCCCUGGGCUGAGUUCCACCUGGAGGACAUUACCACUGAAUGUGCUACACGUCACAGGUACAAUGCUGUCACUGGGCAGUGGCUGGAGGAUGAAGUUCUGAUCAAGAUGGCAUCUCAGCCCUUUGGCCAUGGAGCAAUGAGGGAGUGCUUCAGGACGAAGAAGCUCUCCAACUUCCUGCAUACCCAGCAGUGGAAGGGAGCCUCCAACUAUGUGGCAAAGCGCUACAUUGAGUCAGUGGACAGGGACGUGUACUUUGAGGACGUGCGUCUACAGAUGGAAGCCAAGCUCUGGGGAGAGGAGUAUAAUCGGCACAAGCCCCCCAAACAGGUGGACAUCAUGCAGAUGUGUGUCAUGGAGCUGAAGGAGAGGCCAGGCAAGCCCUUAUUCCACCUGGAGCACUACAUCGAGGGCAAGUACAUCAAGUACAACUCCAACUCAGGCUUUGUUCAUGAUGACAACAUGCGCCUGACACCACAGGCCUUCAGCCAUUUCACAUUUGAGCGUUCUGGCCAUCAGCUGAUUGUGGUGGACAUCCAGGGUGUGGGUGACCUCUACACCGACCCACAGAUCCACACCAUGAAGGGCACUGACUUUGGAGAUGGCAACCUAGGUGUCCGGGGCAUGGCUCUCUUCUUUUACUCCCAUGCCUGCAACCGGAUUUGCAAGAGCAUGGGCCUCACUCCUUUCGACCUCUCACCAAGAGAGCAGGAUGCAGUGAAUCGGAACACCAAGCUGCUGCAAUCCUCGAAGACCAUCUUGAGGGGGACAGAGGAAAAGUGUGGGAGCCCUCGAGUAAGGACCUUCUCUGGGAGCUGGCCACCCUGGCUCCUCUGCCUUUCAGAGACCUCUGGAGAUGAGAACAUGAACGACAUGACCUUCAACUCUCUCCCUUCCUCCCCAUCUUCAGCCAUGCCACUGGACCUCCACAGCCAGAAACUGGACCUCCUCUAUUGGCCUGUACUCAGUGACCUCGAUAACAUGGCUCCCCAAUAUCAUGACCAUCUGGACAACCACCUGGACUCUGAGAAUAGUGGGGAUAGCGGAUAUCCCAGUGAAAAGCAGGGUGAGCUGGAUGACCCAGAGCCCCAUGAACACGGUCGCUCAAAUGGUAACCAGAGGUAUGAGUCAGAUGAAGACAGCCUGAGAAGCUCCAGACAGGUCUGUGUGGAGAAGUGGAAUCUUCUCAACUCUUCCCACGUCCACCUGCCGAGACCUUCAGCCAUGGCCCUGGAAUUGCAAAGGCUUAAUGCUCUGGACCUUGAAAAGAAAAUUGGGAAGUCCAUUUUGGGGAAGGUAUCAGAGGUCCAUCUGGCUAUGGUGCACUACCAUGAGGGUGGGCGCUUCUGUGAGAAGGAUGAAGACUGGGACCGAGAGUCAGCCGUCUUCCACUUGGAGCGUGCAGCUGACCUGGGUGAGCUGGAGGCCAUUGUGGGCCUAGGACUCAUGUACUCACAGCUGCCCCACUACAUCCUGGCUGAUGUCUCUCUGAAGGAGACAGAAGAAAAUAAAACCAAAGGAUUUGAUUACUUACUGAAGGCAGCUAAAGCUGGUGACAGGCAGUCCAUGAUCCAUGUGGCACGAGCUUUUGACACUGGCCAGAACCUCAGCCCAGACAGGUCCCAAGACUGGCCAGAGGCUCUCUACUGGUAUAACACCGCCCUGGACACAACGGAUUGUGAUGAGGGCGGUGAGUAUGAUGGGAUGCAAGAUGAGCCCCGGUACAUGCUGCUGGCCAGGGAGGCUGCGAUGCUGUCUAAGGGCGGCUUCGGACUGGAAAAGGACCCACAGAGAUCAGGUGACUUGUACACCCGGGCUGCAGAGGCAGCGAUGGAAGCCAUGAAGGGCCGGCUGGCCAACCAGUACUACGAGAAGGCGGAGGAAGCAUGGGCCCAGAUGGAGCAGUGAUGGGACAGGAAAAUUCCUCUGUCUGUGGGCCAGUCCAAAGCAAAAGGAUAAGGGGGAAAAAGAUCUGACUUACAGAAGAGUUGGGGGUUGUUUUGGGGAAAUGGGCAAGUAUUUUUAGUGUGUUAUAAAUCAACUUUUUUAUGUCAUUUUUUGACUCUUGAAAAUGUCUUUGCUAUCAGCAAAGACACUAUAGCUGUCCCCUAGGACAGGAUUUGGGGGGGGGGCAGAGAUUGAAAAAGCAGCCUAAUGAACCAGUGUAUCGUUUUGA